UCGGAAAAAGUUGUUUGCUUGCAAAACUUGAUUAAGAUGCUUUUCACACGUGUUGAGCAGAUGAACGCUACUAUUAAAGAGAAAUCGGAACUGUUGCCAGAAUCCAUCAACCUGCUACUGAACAAGGAAGGUCAACGUAAGAUUGAAGAAGUGAGGGCGGAAAUUUUGCAAAUUAUUACUGAGUUUUCAUCGACUCAAAAUGUGGAAGACUUCAGUCUCUUGAAUCUGAAAGGAACACUGAAAGAUGAGGUGUCACUGUUCUUGAAGGUACCGCUUCAAAAGAACAGAUUAGGCGACAAUCCUCCACUACCUGCCACAUUACAACACUUUCCGCUGAAUCGCCAAAAACAUUUGCUGCCAAUGCAAAUUUUCUUGCAACGUCUGCAAAUUUCUGAAACUGAAAAAUUGAUGGAAACUUUGAGUGAGACUCAGUUGGCCAAUAGGAUGGCGGAUCAUAAAAGUGAUAAGAAAAUGUCUCAGCAGUGA